UAACUGUUCUAACGCGCAGCUCCAAGAGUAAGCAAUUACGUAAAUGACAAAAAAAAAACCAUCAAAUGCGCAACAAUGGUUUCUGUUUAUCGAUAUCGGCUUAUGUAACGAUACGUGAAGUUGCGCGCUCGGCCGCCGCCCCGCCUUCAGCACUCGACGUGCAACUUCUCUCAUUUCCAUAAAUUAAUAUUUUGUUUAAUUUCUUGUAAUUUGUACAUAUCUCUUAAAUGUCUCCAAUAUUAAACUUGCAAAAAGCGAAACGAUUUCACUCCCGCAUUGAUUAAAAGAAAAUAUAAUGACAAAUUGAAACUGUAAUAUUUUUCAAUCAGUCACCAUAAAAUGUAUAAUAAAUAUUUGUGUAAACAAAUAAAUAAACCGAUGUGUUGCGAGUCGACGAGUACAGGGCGUUCACUUAACAAUUACCUACAAGUCUGAAAAUGUCGCUUAAGAAAUUCAUUUAUAACGUUACAAUCGAAUGAACUGUUUUAUUCAACAAGCACCUACUGUAUUAUUGUGUGAAUUUUGUACCAUACAAAGAACAUUGGGUUUUUUUUUUAAUUACACCGGAACCUGUCUGUGGGAUCGGCCACGUCUACACAGCGACGCACGAGGUCUUCCCGAACGAGGGAGCUUACCAGACUCGUUGCAUCUACGCGUUCUAACCCCUCAGUACAAACUUUAUGGAGGAGUAUGUAAUGGAAACUAGGUCGCUGUCCUUUGUAUAAUUUUAUAAUAUAAUAUAAGGAGGUCACAUGCGCGAUCAACUAAUAUCGGAUUUGUCCGUUUGUCGUAAAGUAUGAGAAAUAUCUCGAGUAAAAGUGAGCAGGCUGUAUGCGACAGGCGCGUGUGUUUGUCGCAUGUUGCCGGCGGGCGCGCGGUAUAAAGAGAGCGCGCGCUUCUCCGCAGCCAGUGCCCGCCGCGCCGCGCCGCCAUGAGCCCGCUCCGCCCCGCACUGCUCGCUGCACUGCUGCUCUUCUGUGUGGCCGCGCUCGUGGCGGCCAAACACAAGAAGGUCAAGCCGAAGAAGUUCGUGUCGCCCUCGACGAAAGGUAUCAAGUGCUACAACUGCCUCUCGUUCGACCACCCCGGCUGCUGGGACCCCGACCACCCCGACUACGCCAACAUUACGAUCCCCAACAUCGACUGCUACAUCCCGGGCAUGGAGUUCCUGUGUAUCGUCAUCACGUCGGAGUCUGCCAAGUUGGUCGAGACGGGGCAGGAGAUCGGGCCGGUGCGCGCGAGGACGUGCGUGCCCGCUAAGGACUUCUCCAAGAAGACGGUCUCGUACUCCAUGUGCAGCAAGCUGAGCAAGGAGCUGUCCGCCUCCGAGAUAUUCUCUCGGAUAGCGGUGACGCGGCCGCACUGCACGCUCUGCAAGAAGCACCUGUGUACGGACGCGGCGCACUGCUAGACGGGUGACGUCACCGGACUACUCUCACGGCCGGUCAUUCCAAUCCGCGUCACAUUCCGAUAUAAACACCUUCGUAUUUAUAAACAUUCACUUGCAUUCACUAAGCUGACACCAGUGCGUGGGACGCGAUGCUCUGUUGCUACUCUGCGCGUUCCUGAGACUUGUUCAAUAUUGUAAAUUCUGUAAGUUCGAAACUAAUCUGUACUGCAGCGAGCCACGUCCCUAGCCAACGGCGGUUCGCGUUCCGCGUCUUAACCAUACCAUUAACUUACUGUAAAUAAAAAUUUCUAGUAAUUUUGUUAUUUUCAUCCAGUUUUGUUCAGAAAACCUAAUUUGGAGGGCAAAGCGAAAUUUUUGGAUUUCUUUAAUAGAAAGAGAGGCUGCUUAAUAUUUAAUUACAAAUGGUGCG